AGAGGAAAAUUGAAAAAUUAAAAGAGGAGAGAAAAUAUCGAAAAAAAGGGGGAAAAAAAAAAAAGAAAAAGAAAAAGAGGACUAAGCGCUGGUUUGCGAGUUACUCGGUUAGUGGGCACUUUUCUCCUUCUUCUCCGCCCAUAAGCCCCCAUUAUCUAGCAGACACCAACACAAAAAUCCAGCCACCGAACUCUGUUUCUCUCUUCAAACCCCUCUUUUCCGAUCGCAUUCAACAGCAAUUCAUCAGGGUCGUUCUUGUGUCAAUCUUUCAACCAUGGAUGAUACCUCCACGAACAAGGAUUCUUGGAAUUGGGAAGGAGACGGGUAUACCAUUCAGAAGGAUACUGAUAUAGAGAUAUCAGAAUGCCUGUGGGAUGGGGUAUCCGAAAAUGGCGAUCUUUCGUAUGUGUUUGAUGAAACAACUCCUGUUAAAGCUUGUGGGGACUUGGCAUACCAUGUUACGUGUGGUGAUGAUAGGAACGAGAAAUCAGAAGAAUCCAGGGAAACUCAAUCACAAGCGAAGAGACGGCGGAUGUUGCAGUUUACUGCACAAGAUUUGGAAGCUUCCUUCUGCCGUGAAGAUUUGUCUUCUAGAUUUCUAAAAUCACAUAGUAAGGAUGUUUCCAGUCCGGCUGCUCUCGCCGAAGUUUCAUACGGGAUUCCUGAGUGUUCUGAACUCUCAGAUAAUGUGCUCAUCUCUUGUCAUGAGAAUUUGGAUCACUCACCUGACGGUUGGAUUGCUGAAUGCCUUAAUGAUGCUGAUAUGCAUUGUAGCCCUGAGGAUUUGAACUUUGUUGGAACUUCAGACAUUCAAAUUGAUGUAUCAGAGUUUUGUGAUGGUGCACCUGAGUUCAAAUCCAAUGCAGUCCAACAUCAUCCUACUCGAGCUCCUCCGAACAUAAUCUUUAAAGGUCGGAAGUCAUAUAUUAGAACUCCCACUAAAUUGGCUUCUUCAGUUGCCUACCCAUUUGCCUUUAUCAAGCCCUGUGGAUUCCAUGGAGAUGUUACCUUGAAGGACAUAAACCAGCGGAUCCGCACACCUCCACCAUCAAAAUUGAAGCAUCAACCCGAAGAUCCAUCUCAAUCUUACCCAACUUCAGCUUUCUCUGGAAAGCCUGUAGUAGGUAAAACCAAGAUUCACACUGAAGGUGGAAAGGGAAGCAUCACAAUCAUGAGGACCAGAGGUUGAACAAACAAUGGAUAACGGUUCUCGCUAUCCAAACUUUCCUUUUUGCUGCCUGUUGGUCCAUCCUUGAGGGAUUUGUAAAAUGUUAGGGCCAUCCAAGUAGUACAGAAGGUGAUUAAUUUCCAUUUUUGGUGGGGAUAGAUAGAAAGAGAGAGAUGUGUAGGAGUACUAGAGUUGCUCUUGGAAUCCCUAAUCAUAUAACUUCAUUAAUAUGUUUAUGCUUCCAAGUGAACUCUUGUAGGUUGUUCGAGUUCUAGUUCGACACCGAUAAGAUUUAUGUCAUUUUUAGACUCGAAAACACUCAUUUUUAUGUUUAUUAUCAAAUCAUUCCAUUCCUUUUGCCUUGUGAAACUCUUCUGUAAUGCUUUUGCUGAAAAGCUUAAAAAAUUGCACUC